UUAAAUACUGCGUCACCAGGGAAGCCCUUAACUUCUUUUGGGUUGAUCUUUUUUUAUUUCUUUUUCUCUCCUCAACUAGAUUGGAAUUCAUUCACUUGGCUUCCGUAGUGGCUGCCCUGGAUAUUUUAACACACAGAAUUCAUUUAUCAAAAUCUAAAUUAAUUGAUAUUUUUACUCUCCUCCAAACAAUUCAGUGCUCUUAGAACACUGUGCGUCUGUUUAGUUCCAUCCCAGGUAUGGGCUGACCUCUCCCUCUCCCCCUGCAGCUCCUGCUUCCUCAGGGUGGGAGGGCUGGGUUUCCUAGUGGCCCUCAUUUACCUGAUGCCUUCGGGGCCUCAGCCUUGGGGGUGUCUCCGAGAGGGUCCACACCUGGGCACAUCCAAGGCUUUCUGUUCGCUCGCCUGCCUCUUCUAAACAGUACAAAUGCUCAAGAUCAGCCAGGCCCUCAGAUGCAGACAGCAGAGGGGUGCCUUGAUUUCCCCUGUUGCCGGUUUUACUUAGCUUUUGCCCUCUGAGGUUCCGAACUUUCUUCCUAUCUCAUCAAUGGGUUAAAAUUUUUUUUCAGUAGUUUAAAACUGUCAUAAUAGUGUGUUUGUUCUCUCUUAAGAGGGUUGGUCAAAGCUGUCUGUUUCAUUAUUGUGACAGAAAUGGCAGUGUUCUCUGAAGUCUUUACUCCCAGUAGGUCCUGGGGCAAGCCUCCUGUGUGUGUGUUGGUGGGGGGCGUGUCCCCUGCACGACGGGUCCCAGCUCUCCCAGCGGCCUGGCAGGCUUGGCCCUGCCAGGAAGGCACCGUCUCUUCUGCUACUGGAACUUGGCAGAAAGGAGUCUCUGACAGUCUGAGUUGAUGAAACGUUCCUCAUGUUUAUCAGUGGUUUUCUGGAACCUUCAGCGAGGAACUGGAUGGGACAUCCCCCUCCGCCCCCCCAGGAAGGCGAAGCCCCCUCAGACGCUGUCUGACAGCAGGGCUUGCCCCAGGCCUUCUGCACAGGGCCCUGUGGGACCCGUGGGGUCUGUUACUGUGACUGCCGGCACCACCUGCAGGUGUGCAGGGGCCCAGAUCCGUGUUUCCUGAUGGUUUUCCGGCAGAUAGAGAAAAGGUUUCCACUUUGUUUUCCUUUCCUCUGUGUCUGGUUAAUAUUUUGUCCCACACUUUGGGUGAGUCCUGACAAAGCCUGUGGUCACCCAGUGCCUCCACCCCCCGGGCCUGAGAGCUAUGAGAAUGACUGGGAACCACGCAUCACCCUCCCCCCUGCUCAGCUCCCUCCUCCUUGCUUGCUGGGUCGUGGGAGGGAGGUGUUGCUGUUGCUUCUGUGGUGGAAACCGCAUUUUACUCCUGUUUCUGAGACGUGACCUUGCCGACCUUGGGACUCCUUGUCGGUCAGCAUCUCUGGGUUUCACCGUUGACCCCGUGGACGCAGCCCCCUCCUCCGCUGCUGCCUGAGAAGGGCUCCACCUCCUGGCUGGGCCACCUCUUUGCUGGGCUGUGUUCAGCUGCAUGGUCUGUCUGCUGGUGGGAAUUGGCCAGCUUUGCAUUCCAGAAAUAUCUGCUGGCCUUUCAGCCUUGGGGGCGGGGAGGUCCUCAGGGAGGCAGUCGGCUUAUGGGAGCGACUCAGGCCAUGGCAGGCAGGACCGGAAGGUCGUGCAGGUUGGCUGGCCCCUACCACCUUGCGUGGAGGUGGGGAGGACAGCAGGCCGGGGUGGGCAGGGCAGGGCUGGGCGGCCUCCUAGAGUCGGCUCCUGUCGGUCUGGACACACCAGUGGGUGGAGGGUGCCGUUCAGUGUCCCAGUGCCCAGCCCUGCCCGCCAAGGUUACCGCCAGUGGCUGUGGGCUGCAGGGGUCUUGGGAUGUCCUGCCCUUGCCGUGGCCCCUUCCCUGCCCUUGCCGUCUCAGCGCCCCGGGGGAGUGGGGUGCAGCACGGAGGCGGGCGUCCUGGGCCCCAUCAGGCCUCAGGCUGUCGCUCCGGCGGGCGGUGGGCGCCGUGCUCACACGUGUUCACACGCUCACGAGGCGCGCACCCCACUCCACGCAGGCGGCACUGGGCAGAGCGUCCCCCUCGGCCCCCGGCCUGCAGGUUGCAGCUUCCUGGGGCUCGUGCUCCAAGCAGACCCCAUCAGGAGCCGGCACAGAGCGUUUCUGUUCCAGAACUCGCGUAGGAAGUUGGAAUCAAGAACCUUCUCGCCCACGUGUGACCGGAGCGUUCCUGCAGUGGGGGCGGGGAGGAGCGAGCAGCGGUCCGGUCCAGCUGCCCCUACGCAGCUCCGGCCUCAGCACCGGCCGGGGUCUGUGACAAGGACAAGCCGACCUGCCUGUGCAGGGGGGGAAGGGCGCCGAGCGACCACGUGGUGAGGUCGGUGGGCGGUGCGGCUACUGAGAGCUCGGCAGCACCCGGCAAAGGGCAGCCAUCGUCACAGCCCAGUGAACUGUUGAUUUGAAGACUCAGAAUUGUUACGAUGUUAGUUUUCUUCAUGUUGGUGUGUAGAUUCAAUGCAACUGCAAGCAAAAUCAUAGCAGCGUAUUCUGGAGAAACUGAGAAGCUGAUUCUGAAAUUCAUGGAAAUGCAGAGGACCUAGAAUAAUUAAAACAACUUCAAAAAUGAAGAGCAAAGUUGGAGGGCCAACACUACCUGAUUUCAGACCCAGGGCAUUUGGGUCACCAAGAUGAGGUGUCUGUCCCAGAUUGGAGAAGGCUUUCUGGAGGAGGUGAUGCCUUAGCUGGCACUGAAACGAGGAGGGCAGCCAGAUGCACUGGAGGUGGUAGCCUUGCUACUCUGGACCAGCCGGGAAGGAUGGCAGAUGAGUGAAAGGAGGUGCACAGGUUGAAGACAUUGAUUUGAGUUGUUCUCAGGUUAUGGGCAGUGCCUUCCCAACUGAUGCUGAGGGCAUCCCACUGACCUGCUGACAUCCGUCCACCUGGGUCCUCAGGAAAAGGCUGCCAUGUCCCAGACACAGGACUACGAAUGCGAGAGCCAUCAUGCUGGCCUGCAGGAGUCUCGGAUUUCAGGAUCUAGCACGAGGCUGGAGUGGGUGGAGAUCAUCGAGCCGCGCACGCGCGAGCGCAUGUACGCCAACCUGGUCACGGGCGAGUGCGUGUGGGACCCGCCGGCCGGCGUGCGCAUCAAGCGGACCAGCGAGAACCAGUGGUGGGAGCUCUUCGACCCCAACACGUCGCGCUUCUACUACUACAACGCCACCACCCAGCGCACGGUGUGGCACCGGCCGCAGGACUGCGACAUCAUCCCCCUGGCCAAGCUGCAGACCCUGAAGCAGAACACCGACUCCCCCAGAGCCUCGGCUGAGAACAGCCCUGGGAGGGGCAGCAGCGUCAGCCACGACGGCAGCACCAGCUCGUCCCUGGAGCCUGAGCUGGAUGCCGGCGACAAGGUGCAGGAGAGUCUGGGGCGAGCCAGCCGGCAGGCCGUGCUCGGGGCGGUGAAGGAGGAGAGCGGCAGUUCCUCACCGUCAGGAGGUCUUCUUGAGAAGGACUAUGAGAUUUACCAGGACUACAGUGUGGACGGCCACCUUCUCCACUGCAGGACCUCCUCGCUCCGCUGGAACUCGGGCACCAAGGAGCGCAUGCUCAUCAAAGUUGCCGACAGGGAGCCCAGCUUCCUUUCCCCCCAGGGCAACGGCUACCCCCUGGACAGCCAGCCCAGGGGUCGCUCCCGCAGACCCUCUGGGGGACAGCACUCGCCCAGCCUACAGACCUUCACCUCCGACGCGGACGGCCCUGUCUUCUUCUCAGAGCGGAGGCCGUCACCCUUCCUGAAGAGGGCUGAGCUGGGGAGCUGCUCCCCACUGCUGGCCCAGCCCCGCAAGCCCGCCGCCGACUCUCAGCCGUCCUCCCCGCGUUAUGCCUACGAGCCCCCCCUCUACGAAGAGCCCCCCGUGGAGUACCAGGCCCCCAUCUAUGACGAGCCCCCCAUGGAUGUGCAGUUUGAGGCCGGCGGGGGCUAUCAGGCCGGCUCGCCUCGGCGGUCUCCCAGCCGCAAGCCGCCCAAGCAGGCCUCCGCGUCGCCCUACCAGCAGCUGGUGCUCACCAGGCAGAAGUGCCCCGAGCGCUACCUGAGCCUGGAGUACAGCCCGGCUGGCAAGGAGUACGUCCGCCAGCUGGUGUAUGUGGAGCAGGCCGGCUCCAGCCCCAAGCUGCGCGCGGGCCCGAGGCACAAGUACUCGCCCCACCCAGGCGGCGGCUCCCUCUCCCUGCAGCCCAGCCCCUGCCUGCUGCGCGACCAGCGCCUGGGGGUCACGUCCGGGGACUACAGCAGCAUGGAGGGGCCCGAGCUGCGGUCCGCCCAGCCGCCCAUGCCACUGCCCCAGGCCCAGGACGAUGCCAUGUCCUGGUCCAGCCAGCAGGACACCAUGUCCUCGACGGGCUGCUCCCCCAGCACACGAAAGAGGAAGAGCAGGAACCCCUCUGCGUGCCACACUCCCAGCGCCCUGCCCACCGAGGGCCCCGGGGACCGCGACCCGCUUGGCCAGCAGCCCCUGACCGAGGAGCGGCCCCUGUGCGGCCCCAGCCUGGCACCCACAAGGCGUGCAGAGGGCGAGGCGCGUGAGGGGGACGGGACCCGGGGUGAGGCCGAGCCCUUCCUGGCUCAGGCCCGGCUGGCCUGGGAGGCACAGCAAGCCCGCUUGCACAUGAAGCAGAGGGGCAGCUGGGACUCACAGCAGGACGGCUCGGGCUACGAGAGCGACGGGGCCGUGCCGCUGCCCAUGCCUGGGCCUGUGGUGCGCGCCUUCAGCGAGGAUGAGGCGCUGGCCCAGCAGGAGAGCAAAAAGCACUGGCAGAGGGCCGCCUCGGACCGGCUCGCCUUCCCCCAGGCCCUGCUCGAGAAGAGCGUGUCUGUGCAGACCAGCCUGGCCUCCCCGGAGCCCUACCUCCACCCCUCUCAGUCUGAGGACCUCGGCACCUGCGCCCAGUUCGAGAGCAGCCGGCAGACCCGGAGCGUGAUGCCCAGCGCCAGCUGCGUGUUCCCCACCUUCACACUUCGCAAGCCGUCCUCAGAGACCGACAUCGAGAACUGGGCCUCCAAGCACUUCAACAAACACACACAGGGCCUCUUCCGGCGGAAGGUGUCCAUUGCCAACAUGCUGGCGUGGAGCAGCGAGUCCAUCAAGAAGCCCAUGAUCGUAACCAGCGACCGCCACGUGAAGAAGGAGGCCUGUGAGGUCUUCAAGCUGAUCCAGAUGUACAUGGGCGACCGGCGCGCCAAGGCCGACCCGCUGCACGUGGCCCUGGAGAUCGCCACCAAGGGCUGGAGCGUGCAGGGCCUGCGGGACGAGCUCUACAUCCAGCUGUGCCGGCAGACCACCGAGAACUUCCGCCUCGAGAGCCUGGCCCGCGGCUGGGAGCUCAUGGCCAUCUGCCUGGCCUUCUUCCCGCCCACGCCCAAGUUCCACUCCUACCUGGAGGGCUACAUCUACCGGCACAUGGACCCCGUCAACGACACCAAAGUGACACAGCACAUGAAAGCGCUUCUGGAAAGGAACAGUAAGAAGAAGUCCAAGUUGAGAAAGAAACCCAAGCCUUAUGUUGAGGAGCCGGAUGGGGUGGCAAUAAGCACAUACGCCAAGUACUGUUACCACAAGCUGCAGAAGGCGGCCCUGACUGGAGCCAAGAAGGUGGCCCAGCAGGAGGCGCCUCUGGUGACUCAGGGGCCAGGGAGUUGGGGGUCCCCGGCUCGGGCCUGGGGCUCACAGGGACGAGAGGACAGAAGGAGGAAAGAGGGCGGUGCGCUGCAGGAGGUCAUGAGCAUGCAGAGGGAGCGCUUCCCCGAUCGGCAGCUGCCCUGGGUGCAGACUCGGCUGUCGGAGGAGGUGCUUGCACUCAACGGUGACCAGACGGAAGGCAUCUUCAGAGUCCCUGGGGACAUUGAUGAGGUGAAUGCCCUGAAGCUACAGGUGGACCAGUGGAAGGUGCCUACAGGCCUGGAGGACCCCCACGUCCCAGGUAAGCCCCCAGUCCCCUCAGCAGCAGGAGCAGCUCGGACGGUUCAGCCCUCCCUGCUUUCCGUCGUGAAGGGACAGCCCUCUGGUCCAUUUCCAGCACAGACGUCCCCCUGCCGUUGGACAGCCUCCGCGGCGCCUCCCUCCGCUUGCCUGCGCACGGUGGCUGCAGAGCCUCUCUUGGUUCCCGGCGCUCGGGGUCAGUCCAGGCCCUCAGGACCAGGAGCCCGCAGGCCUCCGGCCGCGCAGUCCACACGGCUAGGUGGACACCUCCCGUCUGGUCCUGGCCCCUCGCCCCCACUCCCGACACACACGGCCGCUUUCGCCCCUUGCUGCUGGUGGGGCGGGUCCCCGACUGCCCCGCCCAGCCGAAACCCCCGCGCUGCGUCCCCAGCGUCGCUGCUGAAGCUGUGGUACCGGGAGCUGGAGGAGCCCCUGAUCCCCCACGAGUUCUACGAGCAGUGCAUCGCGCACUACGAGAGCCCCGAGGCCGCCGUGGCCGUGGUGCACGCGCUGCCCCGCAUCAACCGCCUGGUGCUGUGCUACCUCAUCCGUUUCCUCCAGGUGUUCGUGCAGCCCGCCAAUGUGGCCAUCACCAAGAUGGACGUCAGCAACCUGGCCAUGGUGAUGGCGCCCAACUGCCUGCGCUGCCGCUCGGACGACCCGCGCAUCAUCUUUGAGAACACUCGCAAGGAGAUGUCCUUCCUGCGCGUGCUCAUCCAGCACCUGGACACCACCUUCAUGGAGGGCGUGCUAUAGCGCGUGGGCACCGAGGGACCGAGGGUGGGGACGGAGCCUGCCCGGGUGCGCCCGGGCAGGGGGCACGCGGGGAGGGGGGAGGGGACGCCCGAGAAGCGGAGGUAGCAUGCCGGCUCCGCCCAUGCCCGCCCCAGCCCUGGAACCCGCAUCCCCCGACCCGGGCCCUCGGCCUGAAGGCGCAACCAAGGCAGAGGGGCUGCGGGAAGGGCGCCUCUGCCCCGCCCCGGGCCUCGUGGCCGUGUCGUUCGGCGCUGCCGCGCCCACCGCCAGCCGCGGUCCGGCCGCGAGAAAGUGCCUUCUGUUUCCUGGAGCCAAGUGACACUGCCCCUCCCGGCCGGCCCGAGAGCACAAGCCGCCCUUGCUGGGGCGAGCCGCCUUGCUGGGGCUGCUGCGCUCAGCUUGGCCCCGGCCCAGCCCGGCUGCCCAUCUUGCUCUUCCUCUGCCCUCCCCCUGACCUGGGGGGGGUCUCCUGAUCUGCGACUUCCGCCCUCCCCAGUCCCUUCCCGCCCCCUCCCCCUGCCACUUGUGGCCUCCACCGUGGUGACUGCACAGGAGUUUGGGGGCUCCAGGGCUCUGGGCUUUUCACCACCAGAGCAGAACCUGGCUGGUGCUGGGCCCGAUAGGCUCUCUCUGGGUAGAAAGGGGCCCCCAAGCCAAAGUCCUCUGGGGUGGGGGGCAGGGUUGGGCAGGCAUUCUUUGGGCAGGGUGGGGGAGGGGCAAGAGUAUUUUUUCUUCGUGUAACUAUAAAUUCAGAAUCUAUCCCGCAUCCCAACCCACCUGUGUAUAGAGAUAUAAAUAGAGCGAAAGAUAUAAGAACUAAAUUUGCUAAUGACAUAGUCUUAACCCAAAUGUUAUUUAUUUGAGUCCUCUCCCGUCCUCUGCAGACAAGUUGAGAUCAUUCCUUUUCUUCUCCACCCUCUUGGCUUCUGACCAAAAAUCAAACCCUGCCCCAUCCCCAUCCAGGACCUGCAUCAGAUGAGAGGGAAGGAGCCCUGAACUGGGGGACCAGAGGGGCACCGGCGACUGCCCUUCCUCGAGGCCAGAGCCGGGGCGGGGGCAGGGUGGGUGGGUGGAGGGGAGGUAUCUAGACUCUCAGUUUGUACAUUUUCCAAUUUGUAAUUUUGAGUUCCAAUUGUGGUAAAACUUAAUUUCUCCCCGGUUAUAUAUAUAUAUAUAUUUAGAGUUGAGUUUUUAUUUAUUAUUAAGAACAAAAAAACCCAGUCCUGCCGAGGCCUGGUGUCCACUGGGGGAGCGUCCUCAGUCUGGGAGUCUCGGGGCCUGGGUAGGGGCGGCCCGGCCACAGACUCUCGCUAUGAUGCACGGACUCGAGAGAUGACAACACUGUGUGUGAAUAAAGUACGUAUGGACACUU